UGCGAACUACGUAUUUUUCGGAUUGUGUUAGUGCGAUAGGAUUCGAAAUGAAAACAUCCUGAAGAUGUGAAGCCAUUCAUACAAAACAAAGAUGGCGAAACAAAUAAAACUGAUUUACUUCAUUAUAAUAAUACUCAACGAUGCCAAAGCGAAGCCGGCGGACAGCGAAACAAAGUAUUACAAUAUCAAAGACAGUAAAUAUAACGUGAACAAAACACUCAAAGAAGAAAUAUCAGAAGACAAAUCAGAAGAAAUGGAGGUGAUAGAUGUCAAUGAGAACGAAACAGAAAGUGUUUUUAAAUUUAACAUAGGCCACAAGAAGUGUGUGUUAAACAACAUAACUGAGGACAGCGUAGAAAAUACUGUAUUAGAUUCUAUAUAUUUGAACAACAUAUAUUCUAGUGUGACCACUAAUUUGAUAGAAGACGGAGUGGCGAUAGACGAUAUAGAAGUAGAAGGGGUGAAUCUGUUCGAUAUAGUGAAGAAUAGUAACUGCGGAAGUGCGAAGCUGUGUACCGAUCUGCGAAGUAACUGGAGUGACAGUAAUACUAUCAUGAUAGGAUUCCUCAGCGCGUAUGGAUGGAGUCAGACUGUCCUGGGAGCUUUGCCCCUGGCUGUGGCUGCUGUAAACCGGGAACCCAGUCUCCUCCCAGGGUACAAGCUUCGAUUCAUCAGCGCCGAUAUUGGCAGAGCAAGGAAUUCGCUCCACUUGGACAAGGACAGUCUAUCUUUAAGGGUGAUGACUCAGAUGCGGGACCUGGGUGUGGUGGCGUUCUUCGGCCCCGACGGCACCUGCCACACCGAGGCCAAGCUCGCCUCCGCCUGGAACCUGCCGCUUAUAUCACACAAAUGUGCGGGUACCCACGGCGCCGACGACGGCCGCGGUCUGGCCACCUUCGCACGGACGCUGCCGCCAGCUCACAAGGUGAGCAAAUCGGUGGUGGCGCUGCUGAAGGCAUACGGCUGGAGCAAGUUCGCCAUCGUCGCCGGAGACGAGACCACCGCCGCGGUCCAGCAGAUGGACGCUAUCAAGGCGCUGUCACAGAGCAGCGGUCUUACUGUGACGGCCGAGCACCGCUUCGCCGAUUACAUCCCACGACACAUCCUGGACAUGGAGCACAUUGUGGACCAGACAUACGAUAAGACUAGAGUGUACGUCUUCCUGGGCGAGCACAUAGCGCUGGUGGACUUCGUCAGCGUCCUCCACCGUCGCGGGCUGCUGGCGAGCGGGGAAUACGCCGUCGUUGCUGUGGACGAUGAGAUCUACGAUCCCAAUGACGCCGCUAUUACUCAUGCUGACCAUCUGAUCCAGAACAGCAGCAGCGACGUGCUGGCGUUCCGCGCAGUGCUCAAGCUCACCCCCUCCUACCCCACCAACCCCCACUACCCGCAGCUGUGUCAGAUGAUCCGCAAGUUGUCGGCGGCGCCGCCUUUCUGCGUACCCAACUACCACAAGAUAUUCGACGACACCUCCGUGCCAAUAGAAGCAGCACACCUUUACGACGCGGUGACGCUCUGGGCGCGCGCCGCCACCGCCGCCAUGCGCACAGGUCUGCCGCCUACAGACGGUGCGACCCUCAUGAAGCUCCUGCGACCCACCACGUAUCGGUCCUUGCAGGGUUUUGAUGUAAACAUGGACAUGGCUGGUGAUGCUGAAGGCAACUUCUCCGUGAUCGGAGUAGUCAAGGAUCCCACUGCUCCAGGCGGAUGGAGCGCACAACCGGUGGCUGCCUUCCGUUACGUCAACUCAACGGAUUUGUUACCGGAAUUCGUAGGAGGACACAGCAUAGCCUGGAUCGGAGGGAAGCCACCCAUAGCCGAACCGGACUGCGGCUUCGACGGCCACAAGUGUUCCAUACCCCAUGACCCAUGGGUGAUAUUCGCCGCGGCAGCCGUCGCCGCAGCAGCUAUCCUGGCCGCAGCACUGCUGGCGAGGCAUUACAGAUACGAGCAGAAACUGGCUUCGGUGCUGUGGAGGAUAGAGGCUAAGGAUUUGAUGUUCAUCACUGGAGGUAGUGAUAAGGAAGGAGUACCUCAAGAGGUGGACCGUAAACGGGCGCACACGACCAUCGCGUCCUACCGCGGGAACAUUGUUGCUGUGAAGAGGCUGAAGAAGAAGAAUAUCGACGUCACCAGAGCGGUGAGGAAGGAGCUCAAACAGAUACGCGAGCUACGUCACGAAAACCUGACUCCAUUCGUGGGCGUCUGCGUCGAAACUGGCGUCGCGUGCGUCCUAACCGCCUACUGCUCACGCGGUUCCCUCGCAACUGUACUGGCAGACCGAGACCUCCACCUCGACGACAUGUUCGUUGCCAGCCUGGUGGCUGAUCUGCUCCGAGGAUUGACCUACCUCCAUGACUCCGCGCUGAUUUCCCACGGGAAUCUCACUUCGAGCAACUGCCUUGUGGACCGACGAUGGGUAUUACAAAUUACGGACUACGGGCUACACACGCUGAAGAGUGGGUGUGUAGACACGGAGGACGCACUCCGCAUGGAGAACAGAAUGCUGUGGCGGGCGCCGGAGCUGCUCAGGGAGUUGAACCCACCAUCGCGCGGCUCCCAGAAGGGUGACGUGUACUCCUUCGGGAUCAUACUCUACGAGAUCCUGGGCAGGAACGGUCCAUGGGGAGAUACUAAUUUGACUAAUGCAGAAAUUAUUGGAAGAGUGAGACAACCUAUAGGCGGUGUGCUCUUCCGUCCGCCGCUUGGGGGGCUAGCCGCGCGACCAUCUGUCAUCUCUGUCAUCAAGUCGUGCUGGAGCGAGAGGCCAGACAGACGACCCGACGUCCGACUCGUCAGGAUACGACUGAAGGACAUGCACGCUGGCAUGAAAACGAACAUAUUCGACAACAUGCUGGCCAUGAUGGAGAAGUACGCCUCAAACCUGGAAGCCCUGGUCGCUGCCAGAACAGAACAGCUGCUGCAGGAGAAGAGGAGGACAGAUGACCUGCUGAACCGCAUGCUGCCACGCACGGUAGCCGAAGCGCUGAAACGCGGGGAGCCUGUCAAGGCCGAGAGUUUCGACUGCGUCACCAUAUACUUCAGCGACAUCGUCGGCUUCACCAAGUUGGCUGCUAGCAACUCUCCUAUGCAAGUGGUGGAAAUACUGAACGAUUUGUACACUUGCAUCGACUCUAUCAUAUCAUUUUACAACGUUUAUAAGGUGGAAACCAUAGGAGACGCGUACAUGGUGGUAGGCGGUCUGCCGGAGCGGUGCGCGCGCCAUGCGGCCGAAGUGGCGUCCCUCGCGCUCCACGUGUUGGAAUCCGUACCCAAGAUCCACAUGCGGCAUAUGCCGGCUGCUAGACUGCAUAUACGGAUAGGAAUCCACAGCGGGCAAUGCGCUGCCGGCGUGGUCGGCAUGAAGAUGCCUCGCUACUGUCUCUUCGGUGACACCGUCAAUACCGCCGCGCGCAUGGAGUCCACCGGGGAGCCACAGAGGAUACACGUCAGCAACGACACGUACCAGCUGUUGAAGCAACAUGGCGGAUACCACUUCAAGGACCGAGGCAUUAUCAAUAUUAAGGGUAAAGGGGAAAUGAAAACUUGGUGGCUUACAGGAGAAGACCACGAGAGGAGGAAAAAUUCCAUGUUUAGAUAUAAACUGGGCCUGGACCAAGAUCCAGAGACAGACACCAACAACUCGCAAUGGAAUAUGAGCCGUUCCAUUCUCAACAUCCGCGAUCGGGCGCGUCUGUCCUGCGGAGGCUCCUUGGGCCCAGGGUCCGCACUGUCUUCUCCUGGCCCACCAGCCUGCGCCUGCUUCGUGCCCCCCAGGGACCACCACUCAGCCCCCACCGUCACCUUCUGCGAGGACUGACGCUAACCUAUCGAGGUGUUUCAUGCCACGAAGUACAGGAUCCGACCUGAGCUUUAGGGAGACCGCGUGGAAUGUGAAGUGUCUGCUCAAAGGAUACACUAGGGUAGAUGACUGUGAGUUUGAUGAUGUGACGAAGCGAGCUAGGAUAUUGGACGCUAUGAAACGACUGUACUGUUUAGAUUACGAUUAUAAUAAUCUCAAUUAGGUAUGAAAUAUUGUGAAACGUAUGCUGUAUUUUGCUCAGAUUACUAGUCAUUAGGUAUACUUGUCAGAUAAGGUCUAACUAACUAGUCAUUUCUUGUUGGUGUGGUAUUAAAGCCCCACGGCCCACAUGGCAUACACGUGGAGGCUCAUUGAUCCGGUCGGACUGAUCGCGGGCCAACUCAAAUGGACUUGUUUGGCGUAUAUGUGUGUACAACUGUCAACUGUACAAGUCCAGUGGUCGGCCUAUUAUUAUCAGUUAGAGUAAAUCGAUCGGCAUCCUUUUUUAUGGAGGUCUAUAUUAUAGUAAAGAAUAAGGACCUUAUUAUAGUUAAGAAUAAGGUCCCUUAGCAUACUGGAACAGUUGGCUUUAGCAUAAAACGGUGUGUUCCAGCUUCUAGGAGAUUUCUCGAGUACCUAAAAUGACUGAAAUUCAGUUUAGUAAGCUUAUACAUAAUAUUUAAUAGCCAAGUCCAAUUAUUUAUUGCUGUUAAUAAACUAAAAUAUGACGUUACUGUUGUACCUGUGCAUAUUUAGCGUGAAAUAUACAAAAACCAAACUUUGAAACAAACUAUGAAAUGUCCAAUUUAUGAAAUUGUUAAGAUUUUAGUAGC